CAGUACCAGAAUGUGGACAAAACGAAAAGGGAUGUCAUGACAGCGCUGCACAACUACCGAGGCCUCUCGCCAAAGCUAGACAAAUUUGUUUUUAAUGAUGGCAGCGAUCGUGAGUUGUUGAACCUAGAUGGGACGAUCCCUGUCCGUUACAAAGUAUUCCGCAGUGGCACCUCACGCUACUUACUGUGCCUUGAAGGCACAAUUCCCGUUACAUAUAAAGGUGCUGUGUACAACAUACCUGUCUGCAUAUGGUUACUCGAUAACCAUCCCUUGUCGUCUCCCAUGGUGUAUGUAAAGCCCACCCCAGACAUGCUGAUUAAGGCUUCUCGUCAUGUUGAUCAGAAUGGAAAAGUUUAUCUCCCAUACCUACAUGAGUGGAAUCCAAGUUCAUCAGAUUUACCAGGACUUAUCCAGAUAAUGAUUAUGACCUUUAGUGAGAUGCCCCCAGUUUACUCCAAACCCAAGACUGCACAACCAACAACUGGAGCCCCAUACCCUUCACCUUAUCCCUCAGGCACGCCAGGAUACAUGCCUAUGCCCGGGGGAGGUCCUAAUAUGCCAUACCCUCCCAAUCCAGGCAGUGCCACAGGAUAUCCACCGUAUCCCACUCAACCUGGGUAUCCCCCUUCGAACACUCCGUAUCCAGUGUAUCCUCCUACCAGCUCAGCAGGUUAUCCUCCUGGUCAGCCUGGUCCGCCUUCGUAUCCUCCGCCUUACACUGCUGGGGUAUCUUACCCACCGUACCCGUCCACUACUUCAAAUCUAACAACUCAGACGACGGAAACCAGUGGCAUUACAACUGCAGCAACUGGCACGAUCACCGAAGAGCACAUACGAGCAUCACUUGUCUCUGCUGUUAGUGAUCGUGUACGAGCAAAACUUCGUGAUAGUUAUGGAGGUUCCCAGGCAGAAGUAUCUGUUCUUCGACAGCAACAAGCUGAUCUCAAUCAAGGGAAGAUUAAAGUGGAAGGAUUGAUCAGCAAGCUGGAACAAGAACAGGCAGAGUUAGACAAGAGUGUGAGGAUUUUACGUGAAAGAGAAGCAGAGAUCAAGGCUGUUUUAUCAAGACUUUCCUCUGCAACAGAACCUCUUGAUGUUGAUGAAGCUGUAACCACUACUGCACCAUUAUAUAAACAGCUCUUGAAUGCAUAUGCUGAAGACCAAGCAACUCAGGAUGCCAUAUACUACUUGGGUGAAGCUUUACGUCGAGAUGUCAUCGACUUGGACACAUUUUUGAAGCACGUCAGAUCCCUAUCAAGGAAACAGUUUCAGCUUAGGGCCACAAUGAUUAAAUGUCGAGCUAAGGGGAACAUGGCUGGUUAAGUAGAAGAAAAAUUAUUCCUGUGGGCAAAUUUGUGUGGAUGAUUCAAUUUUGAUCUGUAAGGUAUGACAAAUUGUUUAUCAUUUGUAUACUCUAUUAUGCGUAUGUUGUAUUGUAUAGACAUAGAUGUAUAUGGACGAUGAACAUUGUAUUGUAAAAUAUAUUUAGAGUUGGUGAGCAUUAUGUUUUUCUGAUGUAUUUAGGAAAACAAAGGCACUGGAAAAACUUCUGUUCUGUUGUAGAAUACAGAAGUUUUUUGUGGUAAAGCCUUAUACAUUUUAUUAACUUUCCCUUGAUAUAUCAUCUGGGAAAGGAUUUAUCAAAUCCCUGAUAUUUCUCGUUCAAUUUUGUUUUCAAUUCUCUUAUUUUCUUCAUAUAACAUUGUUUUUUUUUUUUUUUUUUUUUUUUUGUGAACUGCAUUUAGUUUGUCAGUGUGUGUGUUUAAAAGUGAUGAUUGAUUUUAAAUAUUUAUAUUUUCAUGUAGGUAGGUAGUAUAGGUUCUUGUAUUUCUCUAGUUUAGAAGUUGUAAAGAGAAAGGAGUAGUUAACCAGAUUUUCAUUGAAACUUACUUUCUAACAUCUUCAGUUUAGCUGAAUUUUAUGUGAGUGGAUGAUUUGUUAAAUUAUCUCCGCAGUUCUUUAUGAUUUUUUGUCAUGUCAUAGUGUGAAAGUACAAGAGUUAACGGAUGUUGAAGAUUUCAGCAACUAAAAAAUGGGAGAUUUAAUUUGAAUGAUGUUAGGUAAAAUUUUUGGCAGUAAUUCUUUGUUGUUUAUUUUUCUUGAUACUCUGUUGAAUGCUGAAAUGGACAGGGUAAUCAGUUGUUAAGUAAUUACUAUAUGAUUCAGUGGUCAUCUUUUUGAUUAUACAAAAUUAGUCUUGAAUGUAGUGGACUUACAUUUUUUCAACUUUAUCACCACCACUACUUUAGAGUAUCUUUGGUGCACUAGAAUUUUUUUCUACUCAGAAAUUAGAUUUUUUUCAAUGCCAGUGCUUUGAUAAAACAUAAUUUACAAUAAUAGUAGGUAGUCACAGUAAUAGGGUGCACUGAAAAGCAAGAAACUACCAUUUUCCACCCACUUCUAGUAUUUUGUUGAAUCUAUAAUCACACCUUCAUGUUUUUAAAUUCAAAGUUAUAUAUUUAAUCAAGGUAUGAUUUUCAUAUUCAUUUCGGACACAGUCCUCAGCACGAAAGCAAGAUAUAGCAUAGGUAUGUAUUACCUAAUAGCAUAGGUACAUAUUACCCAGACCUUGUAGGUAUGCUUCCUUUUGCUAUUUUAGUUCUUAUUGCUGGCUAGUAAAAUGUCAUUGAAAGUUUUGCAGCAGCUACCUUAAAGUUUGGGAUUUGUUGUUAUUGACAAUUAAAAGUCCUAAUUGGCUUUUGUACUCAGUAGUAAAACAUUUAUUGUUAAAUGUGCCUCAUGAGCACAAGACUUUAUGAGUAAGAAAGGUUUUGGCCAAUUCAUUUACAAUCUUCGGGUGUCAUUCAUGAAAUGCAUUCUAGUAAUGGGAGGUAUUUGCACAGAAACUGAUAAUAAUUCACAUCUUUAAUGAGUAAUAAUUCAGAUCUUCUUAUGUGUACAAUAAACCAGACAAGAAGAUUAAAUAGGAAUGAAAUGCAAUGUAAGCAAUAAAUUUGGAGGAACUUAGAUAUGCAGUGCAGUUGCUAGUACUAUGUCAGUAUAUUUUUUGCCCUUGUAUCAAUGAGUUACAUUGUCUUGAAUGGAACUUCGUGGGUAGUCAUCUGUGUUUGAGAAUAAGUUUUCAGCUUCAGAAAAUUUUAAGGGCCUAGUCAUAUGUUUUCCCUUACAAAGUUUGCACAGAAACUAGCCUGUAACUCUGGGGUAUCUGAAAGAGGCCCUGUUUCUUAUGUUUUUACUGUGCUUGAAAGCACAGGGCUCAAGCUUGAAAAUUCGAAUUUUUAGAGAAGGUGUACGUAAUUCAAUUGUCUUUUGUCCAGCAGAAUAAAGAAUUUUUUGUUGCCAAAAAUUGAUACAUAAACCAUUUUAUCUUAUGAUUCUAUUAUUAGUUUUAUCAUGAGAAUACGUAAUUGGUUUAUUGGUUUAGUUGCACUAGAGAAAGGUGUAUCUUGUGAUCUGCUUUUUGAGAAAUAGCAGCUGUAAAUCUCCUCAUUGCAUGCUUUUGCGAUGUAAGGAAGUAUUAAGCAUUUGUGUGCCAAUCUUUGAUUUUGAAUAUGAACACUGGUACUAGAAGGAAUGAAUAUUGAAUUCUGUUUGUAUUUUUUCCUUCCAAAAUGUUUACAUUGGCAUUGUUUAUUGUGCUGAAAUAUUUAUAAGUUGCCAGUUAGCUUGUACAGUAAGAACAUCACCAAAGAGGUUAUACUAUAUAGCAUAUAAAUUACUACUGAAUGAGGCGAAGGGAAUGGUUUUGGUAAUGUUUAUCGGAUUAUAAGUAAUUUUGGAUAGUCAUGACCAAAAAAAAAAAAAAAAAAAAAAAAAAAAAAAAGUCUCAGAUAUGUUUUAUCAGCUUUCAACUCCUUGGGGACUAAAGGUUAAAAAGUAGUUUGUCAGUCACUUCCUCUAUCUUGCACUCUAGUGUUGUCUCUAAGCUUCACCUGUCUCUCAAUAUUCUCAUUGCUUUUGAAAUACCAUCUUUUAUUUGAUUAUCAAGAAUUUUAUCCUAAGUAUAGUUGUAUUUGGGACUACUUGUAAUGCACCUUAUUCCCAUCUAAUGUAAUUAUCAUAAUGUUUAAACCCUUUUUCUGUGUGACUGCUUAUUCUCCAUUUGUAAGUAAGUUUUUCCUAUGAUUAAACUGAAUUGUCUUGUAUUUGUGUAGGUUUUUAUUUGGGGAUUCAGUUUUGUUGUCUUAUGAUUGAUUUCAUAGGUGACACAAGUUGUGAACAAUGUAUUAAACUGUAAUCCACCAUGUGCAAUAAUUUUUUUUAUUUUUUUUUAUUACUGCAUGACAAACAAAUUAACCAGUCAGACACUACUGUAUACUACUAAAAAGAAAGGGAGCACAGCUCUCCCAGAUAUUAUUAACAGAUUCUUAGAAAUUUUAUUUUACACUAGUGGUUUUCAUAAGCAUAAAGGUACGGGUUCAAAAGAAAAAUUGCAUACACAACAGAUUGCAUUUUUGGGUGCAAGUUCACUUCUAUUCAGCAUUAUGUUUAAUUUAUUCCCAUAUUAUUUCUUAGCCUUAGCUGUCAAUUGCAGCAGCCUUUUCACCUUAUGUAAGGAUUACUGGGAAGGAUUAGUUUUGAUUGUCUGUGCAGUGUUUCUGUGUUGUGUUUGGAAUUUAUGUUGACUGUGUGGAACUUGUGUUGUCUUUGUCUUGUUUAUAUGAUUGUAAUUAAUUGUUCAACACUACAGUGUGAUUAAUAUCCUUCCAUGAAAUGUCUGAUCCAAACUUUUCUUUAUAAAUGUUUCACUUUGUCAUUUCACACAUUUGGAUAUGCGUCCUCUUCUGUUAUCCUGUUUUUAUUUUGAGAAGUUAUUUGAGCGAUGGUUACAGCCAUUAAUUGAUGACCCUUUAGAAGGUGACAAGUUAGCAAAGUAUUGUAGUCGAAAACUUAUUUCUAUCCAAAGAGCCGCUCUUAGCAGCAAGCUUUCAUAGGUAUCGACAAUAUUUUUUCUAAAGGGCUGAUGUGGUGAUGUGGAGAUCUGUGAGGUUGGAAUGAUUUUUUCAACUACACAAAAAACAUUUGUGUGUCAGAUUAUAUGCAGCUCUGUGAUGUUAUAAAGUAACUCUUCUUAAUGGCGUAUUCUUGUCAUCUCUGGUGGAUUUUGAAUAAUGCUCAUACUAUUUAUCUUUGUAAAUACUAAUGUCACAAUGACUGUUGAACUGUUCAGUAGAGCAGUUUGUAUCUUGUUGAAUUAAGGAUCAUCACUUUAGUAUUUACAGAAUUGCCUUGUAGAUUAGUUUUUUAGGAUUUCACUUUUGAUGAUUUACAAAGAGCAGUUGGUUUAUGUAGCUUUUGGGGGAUGAUAUUCCUGACAAGGAGUUAUUUCCUGUUCUUUUUACUCUAUUAUAAGGAGGUGAAAGAACAUAAAAUAGGAUGUGAGGAAUAAUUUCCUAUGUAAAAGGUUUUGCUAGAUACCAACAUAGGAUUCGUUCUGUAAAGUUAAACUACAUAAUUUAAUCUUAUGGCUUUUGAGCAGAAUUAAGGAAUAAUGAUGUAAAAACAUUGUUUUUAAGCCAUGAACUUACAUUAAUUGUAGCCUGAGUGAAGACAUAUCUCAGGACUUAUCUUCAAAAACUCAUAUGAUGCAUUGGUUGAACACUGUUUGCUUUCAUUUGUUGGAGCCCCAAAGAAGGUCGCUUCUUAUGUUGUUUGGUUUUCAUAAAAUAUCCAGUCCAUACUUAAAUAUUGAUGUCUAUUUAUGUUAUGGGAAGAUUAAUGUUCUUGAACACCUUGCGCAAACCAGCCAUCAGUGAGGUUCCUUGGGCCUCCCUGGUGAAAAAAAGCAGAGUUCAAUAUAGCAGAGGAGAAUGCCUCAAAAACAUACUCUUAAGGAAUUUUUUUGUAUAUAACUGUGUAGUGCAACUCCACGAGAGUGUGGGUUGGUAACUAUAUUAACCAAAACUAUUAUCCUGUGAAUAUAUCUAUAUUUUUAGCCAAAUCACAUUGAUUUCAGUUUGUGUAAUAAAACUUGUUAUCGUUGAAAAUGCAGAGGAAUAUACAUAGUGUUGUCUCUGAAACACGUUUGUGUGACCCAGUGGUUAUCAGUGUGUCCUCUUGAAGGAUUUCUUUUACAUUCUGCUGAGUGUUUCCAGAAUAGAGAUCUCUACAUAGCAACCUAAAUACCUUGAUUGACAGUUUUGAUUAUGUGUCAUAAGAACCCUUUCACUGUGCACAUUAUAGUUAGAUCAUCUGGCAUACUUGUGAGAUCAUGUUGCAAAGAGGUUCUCAGUGUGAAACGGUUUGUGUUUAUUUUGGACCGGAAUUAGACCUGUUCGUCCAAGUGGACAAGCCUACCUUUUGUUCUAGGUGCCGCAAUUACGACAACUUGAAAAACCUGUUAUUCAUGUAGACACAUCUAUCACUCUUAUUAUAAGGAAAAGCUUGUAGAA